GCAGCUGCAUUCAAUAUUAAAGGUUUUCUGUGAUGUCUGGGCCAUCAAAGGAUUUGGCCACUCCAAAUGAAGCCUCUUCAUCACAGGAAGGCCAGCAGAACAGGAGACUGAAAGUCACUUUGCUGAGUAGUGAGUGGAGAUCAUCAACUGAUAGAGAAGUCUCAACUAUCAGUAGAAAGCUUGCUAUACAGUUAGCUAAGCAUCCUAAUGUGGAAGUUAGUGUGUUUCUUCCUAAGUGCAGUGAAGAGGACAAGAGAAAUGCUGUGAGUCACAAAAUUCAGCUCAUUGAAGCAGAUAAACUGCCCGGCCAUGACCCAAUUUUUUGGUUGUCAUCUUUACCCAGAAACCAUGAUGUAGACUGUGUCAUUGGACAUGGAGUGCAUCUUGGCAAACAAAUUCCACUCAUAAAGAAGAAUCAAGACUGUAGAUGGAUUCAAGUUGUUCACAGUGUUCAUGAAGAAGUGGGAAUGUACCAGAACAUUUCUGAAGGAGAACAACUUCAGCAAACAGAAGUAGAACUUUGUCAGAUGGCCGAUGAGGUUGUAGCAAUAGGACCCAAAGUGGCAGAGGCUUACAAACGCUACCUUAGUUUUGCUAAAGAAAAGAAAACCAUUUUAGAUCUCACCCCAGGCGUUUUCUCUGAAUUUUCUAAUGUAGUACAAGCCACUGAGGAAAGGAAAACAUUCUGUGUUUUAGUGAUUGGAAGUGGUGACAGCUGUGAAGAUUUCAAUGUUAAGGGGUUCAACAUGGCCGCUGAAGCAAUUGGUGAGUUAAAAGAUGCAUCCUUCCAACUGAAGUUUCUUUAUUCACCAAGAGAAAAAGGCAAGGAAAUAGCAGACAAGUUGCUUCAGCAUGGCAUCAGUCGUAAUCAGCUAAUUGUUCGCAGCUUUAGUGACAACAGAGAAGUAUUAGCCAACUUGUUCUGUGAGGUGGAUCUUGCAAUAAUGCCAUCAAAGACUGAAGGUUUUGGAUUACCUGGUCUUGAAGCCUUAUCUGCUGGUCUGCCUGUACUUGUCAGUGGUAAUUCAGGACUUGGAGAAGCUCUCAGAGAAGUGCCCUUGGGCUCUUUUUAUGUGAUAAACUCUGAAGAUCCUAAAGACUGGGCCAGAGAAAUCAAAGCUGUACGUCAAAAGAGUAGGACAGUACGCCUUCGGGAGUCAAAGCUUCUCCGUGACUGUUAUCAAGAAACUUAUGAGUGGGAGAAACCAUGCAAGAUCCUGGUGGAAAAGAUGCAGAACCUUGCACUUGGGUCAUCAGAAAUCAGGUCAAAUACACCAGUCAGGAAUAAGAGGCCAUCAUCCUUUUCUGUUACUGAUCAACCUUCCAAGAGAAUCAGAAAAGAGUUGACUCAUCAUGAUGGAGCUUUGGAAGGCUCCUCUGGUUGCUGUGUUCAAGAUUUAUCUGUUGAAUAUGGACAAUUUCCUUUGUCUUCUGACAAACUCAGUCAUCAGAGGAAACACACUCAGA